GCUAACCCAGAAGUAUGGACGACCGUACAGUUGACCUCAUCUUCACUGGCUCCUUGAAGCUCUUGCCUCCUGUCAGCUCGAAGAUCGUCAGGAUAUUCACCAGCUCCACUUUCACAGACACAACAAUGGAAAGAAACACCCUAAUGGCGAAAUGCUACCCCCGGAUCAAAGAUUACUGCCGGGAAAAACACGGACUGGAGUUUCAGGUGGUAGACAUGAGGUGGGGGGUGCGAGACGAGGCAACCGACGAUCAUAUGACCACAGAGUUAUGUAUGCGAGAGAUCAAGAACUGCCAGCGAUUGUCUAUGGGACCCAACUUUGUGGUGUUUCUGGGCCAGAAAUAUGGAUACAGACCUAUACCAACUUACGUGCUGUCUUCCGAGCUGCAAAUGCUGAGGGAUGAGCUGGCAGCUGGUGGUGUGGAUGUUAUACUCCUGGAUACGUGGUACAAGAAGGACUCCAAUGCUGUACCUCCGGUGUCAGUGCUCCAGCCCAUAUCAUCUAUACUUGUCAACUUUAACAACAAGCGGGUGCCGAAGCUCCAAGCCGAGGACCAAGCGGUGUGGUGGGACACGCUCACCAAGAUGCAGAAGCUGUUCCGCAAGGCGUCGCUGCAACUGUACAAUGCGGGCAAAAUGGACAAAGACGCUAUGCACAAUUAUUUUAUGUCUGUAACGGAAAGAGAAGUUAUAAACGGCGUUCUAAACGUGAAGAAUACGAAGAACCACUGCCUCGCCUACGUGCGGUACAUCAACAACAUCAACCUGCAGAACUUGAAAAAGGCCAGCAACUUCGUCGACAUCCUCAACAGGAGCUUGGAUGCAGAAGCUUCGAAGCUGUUGGCUGAUUUGAGAGACGUCCGAUUACCUAAUAAAAUCGAAACUACUAAUAUACAGAAGUAUACCGUAGAAUGGAUUGGUCGAGACGGGUUGGACAAUGAAACGCACGGCGAAUAUCUCAACCAUUUCAUUUCACAUUUCUACAAGAACAUUAUAAAGCUCGUUGACAGAGCCAUGCGUAAAGAAGACAGCAGCGCGCAAGGACAGAUAGUGACAGAGAUAUUGCAGCAUCUGCACGCUUGCAACAACUCCGUCAAAGUGUUCCACGGUAGAGAGCCUGAUCUGAACUACAUCGAGAACUACAUGCUGAACGAGUCUGACAAACCACUUGUGCUUUAUGGGGAAGGUGGUUGUGGAAAGACAAGUUUGCUAGCGAAGAGUGCUGCGAUGUCUCUCAACACAUGGUUCGCUGAAGUUCGACCGACUAACAUCAUCCGCUUCCUCGGAACUACACCAGACUCCAGCGCUCUGACACCCACGCUCAUAUCCAUAUGUCAGCAAAUAUCCUACAACUUUGCCCUGCCAUUUGAGAGCAUACCAGACGACCUGGUGCCUCUAACAGCGCACUUCAAGCAGCUCCUGACUAUGGCAUCGCAGCAGCAGCCCUUACUGCUGUUUCUGGAUUCCGUGGACCAGCUCACUGGUAUCGGCACUGAGAAUAAUAAAGUGUCCUGGCUACCAACUAGGCUGCCACCACAUUGUAAGAUAAUAGUAACUUGUGCUUGUGAAGAAGCAAACCCGGAAGUGUCCAAAGAGUACGACGUCCUACGGCGAAUGAUUGAUUCAGAAGAGAACUUUCUGGAGGUGAAGGCUUUGGGCGAGGACUUGGCUAUGCAGGUUUUGAAGCUUUGGAUGGCCUCUGCUGCAAGAGAUCUGUCCAACUACCAGUGGAGGCUGGUCUCCAACGCUAUCGCCAGUUGUUCAUUGCCCAUAUUCGUCAAGCUGGUAUUUGCUGAGGUUUGUAGAUGGCGAAGCUACACAAAGCCUACGGACACUCACUUGGCGUCCACUGUCAUGGAUUCGAUCAUGAUGCUCUUUGAGAGAAUUGAGAAACAGCACGGCAGACUUCUAGUCUUCCAUGCUUUAGCGUACAUCACAGCAGCGAGAAGCGGUCUUUCAGAAACUGAACUCGAGGAUCUGAUCUCUCUGGAUGACAAGGUUCUGGAUGAUGUGUAUCAGUACCAUCUUCCGCCUGUCAGGAGAAUACCACCAUUGCUUUGGACCAGGAUCCGCAAUGAUCUCCCGAACUACCUCUCGGAGCGCGAGGCCGACGGCGUGUCCGUCAUGAACUGGUACCAUCGCCAGUUCCGGGACACGGCGCGCGAGAGGUACUUCAAGAACAUGAACAUGGCUAUGUACUUCCACUCCAUGAUCGCUGAUUACUACUUGGGUAUAUGGGGUGGUGGUAAUCCGAAACCCUUCAAGUUUACGGAGAUCCAGCGCCACCGGUUCAACCUGGCGGACAAGGAGGGCGUGGCAGACAGGAAGGUACCACUGCAGCCGCUGGUGUUCACAUCUGCUGAUGGAUCUACUAAGAGAUACAAUUUGCGGAAGUUCGGCGAGCUGCCCUUCCACCUGGUCCGCUCGAAGCGUUUCACGGACCUGUACGCCGAGGUGCUAUUCAAUUACGAAUGGCUCCACGCCAAGCUCAACUGCUGUCCGCUGCAAGCCGUGCUUGCUGACUUUGAGGACGCCAAGUUACACGUCAACAAGGAUGCUGUCAGAGAACUGAUGCUAGUAGCUGAUGCUCUACGUCUCGGAGGUGCCAUACUAGGAGCGUAUCCUGACAUGUUGGCCCCGCAACUGGUGGGGCGCCUACUGCCAGAAGCCCCACACAACCCAGCAGUUUCGUCUCUUCUGCAACAGUGUCAUGAUAAAGGGAAGAAUCAUUGCGCUUUGUUGCCUUCUCAUCACUGUCUUCAUACUCCAGGAGGGCCUUUGAAGUAUUCUCUAGAAGGUCACCAGUUUGCUGUAUUCGGAAUACGUCUCAGCUCGGACAAGCGAUACGUGGUAUCUAUAUCUAGCAGAGUCAUAUCUUGGGAUCUAUCCACCUCAGAUCUGGCCAGAGACCUUUGUCCGCAACUCGAGGGAAUUAUGCAGAAUCUAGAACUUUCUCCUGACAACAAAUGGGCGGCUGCUUGCACUAAUAACUCUGUUUCAAUUCUUCUUAACAUGUUGACGAGUGAAUACAUCACUAUUGAAAAUCCACUGGACGAAGGUGAGACAGUGAGAGGGGUAUACGCCCUCAACCACCACUUCUUCAUCUACGGUCCCAACUCUUGGGUUCAGUUCAGCAUGAGAGGCGAGGUCGAGGAUACAAAGCCGGCGCCUGAUGCUGCUCCGUACGAUGACGUCACUUGGGAGAUAUUGUCAAUGGAGUUCCGUGAUCUGGAGAACUUAGUCGUGGUGAUGUGGAGCGGAGACCUGGACGACGACCGGCUGCUGGUGCACUUCUGCAGGUGUGGGAGCUGGCUGCAGCCGCUGAGAUGCAGGGGAGCGCUGACUCUGAACAAGCAUUGGACUAAAAUUUACACCAGCGAUCCGGAGAGAGGAUAUCAGAUUUCAGUAUUCGAGUUAAACGAAGAACAAAUGCUUUGGGACAAGGUGGAAGAGUUGAACCAUCGAGAAACCGACACAGCGGAAGCAAUGCUGCAGUUAAAGAGGGGGAAAAAGGAUCGGAUGUUAUUAGCCACUACUACAUACAGUUUUGUUGUCUGGGACUUCAACAAUAUCAUACCAAGGGGUAGUCACGAAUCUGAUAAGAAGAAGAAUGAAGAUGAUGAAAAGAAAGAAGAAGAGGAUGAAGAUGAAAAGCAGGACAUCGAGACAGAAAAGGAUUUGCGCUUGGAAGGAAUAGUGCUGAAAUUGCCACACACUAUUAGAAACAUCUCCACAAAGAUGACCCUGUCCAAUUCGUUUAUGAUCAGUAAUAAUAACACGUAUGCCGUAGCUGGUGUCAGGAAGAGCCUUUACGUGUGGAGUUUGGAAACAACAAAACUGAUCAAGAUCCUGGACGCGCACUUUGGUAGGAUCGUCCAAUUGGAGCCUCUCACUGUGGGCGCUUGGAACAAUGUGAUCACCUCCUCAAUAGACAGGACGGUCAAAAUAUGGAAUAUUGACAACAUUUUUGAGCAAGUACACAAAAUUGAUAGACAGGAACUGCCUAUUGAUUCCAUCAGCCUAGCAAGAGACCAGCAACUAGCAGUAACAGUAACACGAAGUUGCUGGGGACUAUGGGAUACCAGCACAGGGAAACUGCUGGCUCAGCUCGCGGAUGCUCCACUGGGAGCCAUUGUGACUCACGCUGUCAUCACCCCCACUGGCGACAAUGUCAUCACUGCUGAGUCUGGGAACGUGGUUAUUUGGGAUACCCCAGAAAAACAGGUAGUGUUUAAAGACGAACAGAAGGGAGUCAAACAAAUUCUCCUUCUUGAAGAUGGCACAAAGCUGAUCACGAUUUCAAUGGUGGUGAGUGCUGCCAAUGUAGACAACAUGGCGGUGGCUCACAUAGUCGCUAGAACUAUUCCUGAUGGCGAAAAGAUAUACACCGUGGACUACGAAGUCCGCGGCACAGGCUACCGAGCGGCGGUGGUGUCGGCGGACGAGCACCACAUAGUGGCGCCGGGGAUGGACAAGUCGUCCAGGGAGUGCCUCCACGUGUUCCAUGCCAGGACUGGGGCCAGGCUGCACAGGAUUCCCAUCAAGAACAGUGGCAUCAAAGACAUGCAGUCCAUAGUGGCUUUGCCGCACAAGCCGCAUUGGGUCGCCGUAAUUGGAAACGACAAAGCCGGCAUAUUGGAUAUCAAGACGAAGAGGCAUGUCAGGUUCGUUCCCCGAUGGAACGGCGCGUGUACAAGGGAUGGUAAGACCGGCCUCUGUGCUCCCUCACGGGGAGGUCUGGACCUCAUCGAACUGAAGCGCGGUACCUCCGUGCAGCAGCUCAUCUCUCGCGCUGCGGAGGGAGUGUUCUCCAUCAUCACGCUGUUCAGCUCUGACGAUCAGUAUGUCUUCUACUAUCACAGCGGAAGAAAGACUUUGAGGGUUUUCAGAACCCUGGACGGUAAAGCAAUAGCAGAGUACCGGGCUCCAGCAGAGGUGACGGGUGUGGCGAGCGCGCACGGGGGCAAAGCCCUAGCUAUAGGCUCGCAAGACGGCUGCCUCACUGUGCUUAAUAUUGUAGACCCUCACGAGUAGGAACACAUAAUAAAGAUAACACUAUAAUCUAAUCUGUCUUCAAGCCCUAAUUAUUUUUGCCUUUAUAUCCAAUCAGCCUGUGAUGUCAAGUACCUAAGCAUAAUUUAUGAAUGUAACUCUCGCCAAACAUCAAGUCCGCUCUGAUAUUGCAGAAGGGGCGGAUUUACGAAUUUGCCGCCAGUAGGCUGUUGAAUUUUUGCAGCUCUUACUGAACUCUGAAAUUCGAUAUUCUCUUAGUUCGCAAUCAAUACUUAAAUUGUGUCAAUAAAAAAUUGUGCAAUUUUAUUGACACAAUUGUAAAAUUAAAAAAGCAGAAAUAAAGAAAACGUAACGAUAAUUGUAAUAUUAAAAUUAUUGUCACAUUUUCUUUAUUUCUGUAGAAGAGAGAGAGAUUUUUGGAUCAAAUUUGCAACCCUUUAAAAUCUGUCACCCUAGGCUACGUAGGCUACUUAGCCUACUGGUAAAUCCACCACUGACACGAUGGGAUAUGUUUCGUUUACUGAAACAUGCGACUCGAGUUCAGUGCGGACUUGAAGUUUGGCGCGAUCUAGUGUUAUUUUUAGUAACUAUACGAAAAUUUGUUUUUAAAUAUGGCUUUAUAGAAUCAAAAGUAAAUAGUAAGUAGUAUUAGUAACUAGAUAAUUAAGGAUAUAAAUAUAAUUUCUAUGUAACGAAGGCUGUUAAGCUGUGUGGUAGUAUAGUAAGUUAAAUUCACGAUGACGAGCCCCACUUUUUGUCAAACAUCUAGUCAAAUAAGAAAUUCGUUUUUAUUUUUUUUUCACAUUCUUGCAGUUUUCAUUGCACUGUAAGCGAUUGCAAAAAGAGUCGUCAAACGCAUCAUCGUGGAUUGAACUAUUCUAUAUCUAGACGUAUCCAAGGAUUGUUGUUGUCUUUUUCAGUAAGGUAUAUCUUACGUCACCCGGAUAUGCCCAGCUACGAGAACAUUUCCUUCCAUUAAACGUUCAAAAGCUACCGUAAACAUUUCCAUCCAUGAGGCCUAAAUAGUAGGGUACUCAAGCGCACCAGAUGAAAAUGGGUAUUAUGUUUUGGGCAACCUCAAUAGCUCAUCGGUAAGAGCGGUCGGACUCAUCGCCGAGGGGUGAUAGUUCGAUCCCCGCCACGUUGAUCUAUUGUCGUACCCACUCCUAAUACAGUCGUUCCCGUCUAGGAGGGGAAUGCAAAAAUUAGUCAUAAAAAAACAAAAGAUAUGGCAAAUUUUCUGAAAAAAAAAAAUACAAAAUGGUCUUCGUUAUUUAGCAAUAAUAUUAUUGUUUUGAAUUAGGAAUUAAAAAAAAGUGUGUGUCAGCUCCGACGCACGAAUGGAGUUUACUCUUUCAGAUCGACUGUCUAAAUAGUGUAUGUACUAUGUAUCCCCGCAGCAUACACUAUGUACGUCUCAAUACAUACGCCUGAAUAGUGAAAGGUGCGCAACCCAGGAGCAGCAGGCCGCGGCGUGCGCGCCCGCUAACAGCGUGCACAUGCGUGCGAACGCAUGUGAACGCUGUUGGCGGCAGCGCACGGUGAAAGGUGCGCAGAAUAGGUUGCGCACAAAAACGCAACGCUGUCAUUCGUUCAUCGAAUUUUACUGCCCAUAUUUUUUUUCAUACCGGGGGGCUAUAUAUAAAAAAUCGAUUCUUAAGGAGUAAACUCCAAAAAUUAAUUUAAUUAAUUAAUUAAUUUUAAAGGUUACAUAAUAUUAUGUUAAAGAAAGUAAGCUGUGAUAUGUGAAUCCUUUCUGUAAUAAGUUUGGAAAGAGGACUGGUUAGCUAUCGACAUUAGAAAGUUUAUAAUUAUUGUAGGACUUUAAAUUUGAAAUUUAAUUUAAUUUUAAGCUUGAUAGAUGGAGUUGCAUGAUUGAAAUUUCAAGAAGAAUUUAAACUCAUUGUUUACAAUAAUCACAAUACACAAAUGCAUAAUAUAGAGAUUUUGUAUGAGUCUGGUUACAUGCUGCGAUACUAUAUUCGCUUUGCUAGCGCGUCGCUAAACGUAGGUAUCCACAUAUCUGCAUCGUACGUAUGGCUGGCUGGGUGGCUGGUGGGUGGCUUCGGCCGUGGCUAGUUACCACCCUACCGGCAAAGACGUACCGCCAAGUGAUUUAGAGAACCAAAAGGAGUGUGUAUCCUCCUCCUAACAAGUUAGCCCGCUUUCAUCUUAGAUUGCAUCAUCACUUACCAUCAGGCGAGUUUGUAGUCAAGGGCUAACUUGUAAAGAAUUAAAAAAAACGGAUUUUCGAAAAUCCGAUGUUCGAUACGGAUCAGCGGACGCAUUUGUAUGACUUUUAUACAAAGAAUACUACGAUCCGUUUGAUGCAAUGCCGAUGCGUCCAUUAGACUCCGCUCGCGCUGGAACCUCAAGCUAAUAGUCCAGGAUUCAUGGAACCUUUUUACACUUGAUUACUAUCAAGUUAAUUUUCUGUGAGUAGGUUCAUCUUGAUGAGACGAAGCAGAACCUUUGAGUUAUCGAACCAAUCAAAGGCCAGCAUAUUGUUAAGACAAUUUUUCGUGUUGGUGGAUUAUUUGAAACAUUUAAAAUAGCUAUAAUUUUAAAUAAUUUUUAAAUUGUUUAUAUUUUGCGUUCCAAAAUGCACACUCUGGCACACUUUAGACAAUUUACAAAUAAUUGUACUUGCGUGAUUAUUGAAAGUUCUUUCUCCAAUACAAGAUUCUCACUGAGUCCAUAAUUAAGCAUGGUAAACAAUGCAUUUUUUUAAAUUAUGAAAUGGAGAUUAUUUACUGUUGUAUUUAUAUGCGAACGUUUUGUUAGCUUACAAAUACCUAAAUAAUUUAAAAUGCUGUUGAAAUUUCACUCAUGCAAUGAUAUUUUUUUACUUUAUUUCAGUGGCUUCAUAAUAAUAAGUAGAUGUUUAAUAAAGAUAUUAAAA